GGCCGGCCACGCCGGCGCCGCCCCUACCGCGCCCGCGGGACUGCGAGUCGAGUGCGAGGGGUAGAUCUCUAGAGCUAGAAUUUAGGAGUCCGAAGAUUAGGAUGGUGCAGAAUUCGUCGUCUAUCUCCAUAUUCCGAUCUUAGAAUAACUAGUAGCACUGUGCAUAAGCAGUUACAUUAAAAUGGCAUCAUCAGAGAGCAAGUUGUUUCUUGGUUUUGAUUUUAGCACUCAAACAGCUAAAGCAAUUGCUGUCAAUGAUGCACUUCAAGUUGUUGUGGAAACUAGUGUUAACUUUGAUCAUGACCUGCCAGAAUUUAGAACUGAGGGUGGAGUCCAUAUUCACGAUGACAAGUUGACUGUCACCUCACCUACCAUCAUGUGGGUCAAAGCAAUGGACAUUCUCCUUGACAGAUUGAAAGCGCACAAACUGGACUUCAGCAAAGUAGCUGCUUUGUCAGGAACAGGACAGCAACAUGGGAGUGUGUUCUGGAAAAAUGGAUCUCGGGCUUUACUGAACAAACUCCAGUCAGAUAAACUCUUACAAGAGCAGCUACAGGAUUCAUUUGCUGUGAAAGAAUCUCCAAUCUGGAUGGAUUCUAGUACUGCUUUACAUUGUAAGAACCUUGAAGCUGCUCUAGGUGGACCUCAGAAUCUUGCCAAUAUUACAGGAUCCAGAGCAUAUGAGAGAUUUACUGGAAAUCAGAUAGCUAAAGUCUUUCAGGAUCAACCUAAUGCUUAUGCAGAUACAGAGCGAAUCUCUCUAGUGAGCAGUUUUGUUGCUUCCUUACUCUUGGGUGAAUAUGCUGCUAUAGAUCAUAGUGAUGGAUCAGGAAUGAAUUUACUUGACAUUAACACCAAGCAGUGGUCUGAAGCUGCAUUAUCUGCAUGUGCACCAGGCCUCUCCCAGAGACUCGGUCAGUCAGUACCUUCCUAUACAAACCUGGGCAAAAUUUCAGGUUACUAUGUAGAUCAGUAUGGUUUCUCCCCCGAGUGUGCCAUCAUUGCAUUUACUGGAGAUAAUCCAGCCUCGCUAGCUGGAAUGAGUCUUAAAGGAGGUGAUGUAGCCGUGAGCCUUGGAACCAGUGACACUCUCUUCCUCUGGCUAACGACCCCACGACCAGCACUAGAGGGCCAUAUCUUUGUCAAUCCUGUUGAUGAUGAUGCUUAUAUGGCUCUUUUAUGUUUCAAGAAUGGAUCUCUAACAAGAGAAAAGAUAAGAGAUGCAAGCAGCAAUGGUUCAUGGGAUAUUUUCAAUCAACAACUCUUGAGCACUCCCAUUGGGAAUGGGGGCAAUAUUGGUAUCUACUUUCAUGUGCAAGAGAUAACUCCAUCAGCUGUAGGUCUUCAUCGGUUUAACUCAGCUGAUCAACCUGUCACAACCUUUGACCCAGCAACAGAGGUCAGAGCGCUCAUCGAAGGCCAAAUGAUGGGAAAGAGAUUGCACGCAGAGCAGCUUGGUUAUGAUAUAGGUGGAGAUACCAGAGUUUUAGUGACUGGUGGGGCUUCAGCUAACCAAGCCAUCUUACAAGUGAUAUCCGAUGUCUUCAAUGCUCCAGUCUAUAUCCUGGAUGUUGCCAACUCAGCAUGUCUAGGAUGUGCUUAUAGGGCAAAGCAUGGCUGGCUAGGUGGCGACAAAGUUCCAUUCCAUGAAGUUGUGAAGACCGCAUCCAAUUACAAGCAAGCAGCUACUCCUAAUACAAAUGCAGCUCAGGUCUACAACUCACUCUUAGAGAGAUAUAGAGUUCUAGAGGCCAAGAUAUCAGAGUGAAAUAGUAAUCAGUUUUAACUAUUUUCAGACCAAUGAAUAUGAUUGAUUUUAACAGACAUGCCAACUGUUCCCUUCUUUGGAGUAUUUGUUCCUCUUUUUUGCUAUGAAAACACCAAUACUAUUUUGUAUGAUUUGUUACCUUUUUUAAAUUUGUGAUCAUGGAGUAUGUAUUAUACACAGCGUGUGACACUAGCGCUGGUCCGACAGUCCCAAACCAGUAAAAGUCACUGUCGGGCCAGUAACUUGUUGCAUAGAAAGAACAAGUAAAUUCUAACCUACGUGCACAUGUUUAAAGGGGUGAAUUAUCAAGUUUUCAAGUAGAGUAAUCUCACAUGUUUUUUCACCGAUCUCACCACAACUGGCUGGCAAUUGUUAUGUUGAGCCAGAUUUUAAAAAUACUCUUCUUUGUCAAAAUUUUUUUUUCCUUUUAAGAAUACUUUUUUUUUGGAUGUAGAAUGUUGGCAGGUCUGUUUUAAGGUGAUACAAUAGCCAUUUUGUGGGUCAAUUCAAUAAAAAAUUGUACUCAACACAACUACAAAAUUCAAGUACAACUUAAAUUUCAUCCAAAUGAGAUGCUCACAGAUAUUGAACUUGCCUUUGAUUUUCUAGAUCUUUUUGAUUGCUACUUGUUCAACAACUGACAGCUGAACUCCUUGCAAUCCAGGUUUUAGUCAAUCAACCAAAUUUUAUUUUUUAGAGAUGUAUAUUUUUUAAUGUUUGUUCAAAUAUUGUUUUUUUAUCAUGAAAAAAGUCAGAGGGAUGACCCCCCUCCCCAUGACGUUGCCCUUGUAUUUCUGCUCCCUUGCAAAUCAAAAUAUUGAUCUGAAGUGAAUGUGCAAACUUAUUAUUAUGCAACUGAACAUCCAUAGUGAAACUGUGAUUCAGAUACCCUCUUAUAAUUGUAUUAUGUCACUUUUCUCACAUUCCUUUCAAUUGAAUUACUUUAUUGUGGAUUAUAAAUAACCUUAGGGCAGAUUAUGGAUUAAUAACAAAAAUUCUUUUCAGUUUCAGUUUAGUGCAAAAGCUUCCUCAUUAAAGCUGUCGAAAGACUGAUCAAAACAAAGAUUACAAAGAAAACGUAUUCACAAUUUUAUAGUAAAAUGAAUAUUGAGAAAACAAAACCGAGUUUUGAUUUAUUGCAAAAACUAUCGCGUUAAAACAGUGAACACACUGUUACAAAGUAUUACAGGGUGAACAUGCUUAUAGUUUUAUAGUGGAGUGAAUAUUAUAAUACAUACAUGUACUUAUUGAUAAGAUAAGACUUGUUCAAAGUGAAAUAACAGUUGAAAUGUAUUUCAUCAUUUAGAAUGGUGCUAAUAAAUACAACAUUAUGGUAAUGGUCAUACAUGUGAUUCAGUUCAUUUAUUUAAAAUGAAUAAAAUCUAAGUUGUGAAGAAAGUUGACUUAAGGAAAAAAAUAAGUAUGAAAGAGUACAAAGACUGAGGAUAUUAAAGACAGGUGUCGGCUGUAAAAAGUCUAUGGUCUAAUUGUAGCAGCACAUUUGAUAAGUAAUUCAUCCUGCAUAUUAUACCUACAAGUGAACUAUAUUUAGAGAAAUUUCAACUUUCAUGAAGGUUCUAAAAUCCACUUUAACAUCAUAGUGUUGUUACAUUGGAUAUUAAUAUUCAUAAUCCAAUGGAAAUUGUUACUUUAGCUGUUGAAUUGUUUAGGAAAUAUGUAUCAAUCUAUAUGUUGUCUGUUUAAAAGACCUAGUAUCUUCUUUAAUUAUAUAGCUUACUUUGUUCUUGUUCUCUUAAUUCAUUCUCCACUUUUUUUUACAGCUCUUAGAUGAAAAUUAUAGGGUGUCAUUCACCAUUUUACCCCCCCCCCCACAAUUCUUUUUGUCCAUUCCUGCAACUUUAAAACUUGAGAAGAGAUUUUUGAAAAAUCCUCCUUUUUUCAGUCUUUUCAUACAAAUAAAGAUAUUUUAGCAACAUUCAGUCAUUUACUAUAUGGCGUACAUAACAAAAAUGCCAAGUAUUCGAUAUUAGAAUUCAAUUUGCUCUGACAAAAUAUGAUGAAUGGUGAAUGUCUUUUUUUCUUAAAGGAAGGUUCCAAACUUGACAAAGUCCCUUCAAUUAAUUGAUUUUUAAAAGUUAAAUUUAUCAAUUCUACUAGAAUAAGCAUUUAUCCAUUCUACUAUGCAUAGUAAUAUGUUGAUAUGCUUUACAGGAAUUGAUAGAACAAUAUAUGUGAAGCAUAAACUUGUUCAUUACAAAUCACUUUGACGUGUUUGUCACUUUUAUGCAAACCCCGGUAUGUUGGAGUGAAAGGGAGAAAAUAUGAACAAGUUGAAUUUUCCCUUUAAAUGUAUGGAGAAAAUAAAAUGAACCCACUUAUAUUUCCAUGCUUUAGUUGUAAAUUGAUAAAGCAGAAGAUUCAGUUAUUAGUAUCACUUGGAA